AUGCCCUGUCCCAACUCACCGGAAUUAAUGGACGCCAGAGGUGAUCAGCUUAAAUGUCAUCUUGACCUGGGAGCAGAAGACAAAGGACAUUUUACAAAUGCAAAACAGGAAUUUGAGCAAGGCUCAGUAGGAGCGGAGGAUUACGGCUGUAAGAAAAAUUGCUGUGAAGUCAACGAAAGUAGAGCUACUGGAGAAGACCAUGUUACACCACAAAGAACUAGUGAAGAAUCGAGUCAGAAUGAUUCCAGUUGUCAAGAGGGGGACGGGGUGGUGAGAUUACCAUCACUCACAAACAAAACUGGUCAAACAGAUGCUGAGCAUAGAGAUAAUGAGACAGAGGAAGAUUCCAUUGGGGAAGAUAUCCAGGCCCGUUUCAGGGCAGAACAAAACACCUACUUCAUACCAAUCAAAUCAGACAGCCAGCUUAUGCAUGCUGCCUGGGGUCCGGUUCCGGAAGAUAGUGCUGUGGCCACUGGUCAGUACCAUGACUCCAGUGUUGUUGCAGAGAGUAGUGGUAUACCGUGCUGUUGCCAGUGCCAUACUGAAUUCCUUUUGGAAGAGACACCAGGGCCAUCUGUAGAAAACCUGCAGUUGGAUGCAGUCCUACUAGAAGAGCCCCAACAUAUUACUGUGUUGAAAAGUUGCAGCCAGGAGAAUUCAGCAAUGUGUAACUCUGGCGAAGUUGUUGACAAGGCCAGAUCCGAAAGCUAUGCUGAGGUGACAGCUAACUACAUUUCUGAACUGAAAAAAAUGGCAGAAAACAUCGAACACAUUUUAGACGAGCAAAACCUUAGAGGCUUGGAGUACAUGGCCACAACAGGGUAUGAUGAAAACAACUGCAGCAGUCGACAGUCCGAGCAGUUUAUCACAGUGGAUGAGGAAGAAAAAUCUAGAAACUCUGCAUAUGAAAUAUCCAAUAAAUAUGUAAGUCAUGACAAACAAUUGUAUACAAGUAUCACCUGUGGAGAUUCAAAUAAACUCAACAUUUUAUUCAGUUCUCUGUAUCAUAAAGUUUCUACAUUGAGCUAUCUUGAAACUGGAGCUACCGCAAACACAAACAACAGUGGCAAUUCAUCGUCCUCUAACCCUGUGACUAUCAGAGACAGAGAAACCAGGCCCUCUCCUAAAGUUGCCAGAGAGGGGGUCAUCAUUUAUGAAAAAGAUCCCAAUCCAAAAAAGACACAAGCUGACUUGGUCAUAUUUGAAGGGAACCAUGUGAUCUCCAUUCCUAAAGAAGCCAUCAUGGCCAAUACAUGGAGAGACUAUUACACACCACCUAAUAUCAACAGCUCAGAAACAGAAACCAUGUCUUCCAAUUAUUCCGUCAGCCAAACUUCCAUAAACGAUCAAGAUUUAGGCGGGAAAAAUGCAAAGGAGGCUAUGCAGCAGUCCCCUCGUUACUUUGUGCCCCAGCAGUGUUCUACGACUGCUUCCAAGUCUGUCAAUGUACAAAAUCUGUCCAGCAGGACCAGGAAGAUAAGUGAGUGUAAAGCAAGAAGAUACGUGCCGAUCACACGAGUUUGUGCUCGGCUGGGUAAACUGUCUGGAACUAGCAUCAAUAAUGAUUAUGAACAGCCAGCAUCACCGAAAACCAGACGUCUUUCUCCAAAAUCACCAACUUAUAUCAAAACAAGCCCCAAAACUAGAAGUCCCAGUCCUAGAUUACCAAAAUCUAAAAGCCCCAAAUUAUCCAAAUCUAAAACUUUAAGCCCUAAAUCGCCAAAGUCGAAAGCUAUUAGUCCAAAAUCUAAGUCUAAAAAUUGUGGUUCCAAAUUUAAUCAUAAAAAUUUCAGUCCCAAGUCUCGAAAUUCCAGCCCCAAGUCCCAGAAUUCCAGUUCAAAACUACCAUUGUCCAGAGCUGUAAGUCUUAAGUCUAGAAGUUCUAGUUCUUCCAGAAGUUCUCGUCCCAAAACAAGAAUCCCCAAACCUUUCAGAGCAAAGUCUAGGAGUUCCAGCCCAAAAUCAUCUAUCUCAAGAUCUUUCAGUCCUAAAUUUAAAAAAAUCAGAAGUCCUAGUUUGAAAUCACCAAAAACUAGAGCAAGUAGCAAAUUAAAAAUAUCAAACAGUCAAGAAAAAGUCUUAAGGAAAUCCUCCCCUGGCCAGCAUGACCAUAUUGGUGCCCAAUACAUACUUCAACCUCCUGGUAUAACCUUCAAAGGCAAGAAGACUAAAAGCUGGACAGAUGUUAAUAAGCUGCCAACUAAAAAAUCACCUGUGUCUACUGAGCCAAAAAAGAUGAAAAAGCCACAAGGAAAAGCUUCAGCAAAGAAGAAAAUCAAACCAGAUAGCGCCUUCCCUUUGUCACUCCAUACUUACCAUGACCCUCUUGCAUUGUCUUCCUACGUCCCAGACAUGACCAGACAGUUAACUAUAGAAAGCCCCAAAGAAAAUCUGAUGAUCCACACCACCUAUAUUCGGCCUAAUCCACUUCAUCUGAACUCCAAAGGAAUAUUUGAGCUCAUCAGUCAGAAGCGCAGACUGUAUCUAGAGGAUAAGGAGAAAGUGCCGAGCUCUGAUGAAACCAGGCAGCUUAUUUGUGAAACUGAGUGCUUUGUUAGGAAAGAUCCCAAGACCAAACGUCUUGUCAUCACCAAUGGCACGUUGAAUGAACUUGUGCAAAAAACAGUGACGCGGUCUACCACCAAGCUGAAUGCCAAUGGAAGAUCAAUGUCCAAAUCUAAAAGUGAAACCAACAAUGUACAGCAACCCACAAAUCUGAAGGCUACAAAACUUCCUUUUCAACAUGUAGAGAUGAUAGGAGAUUAUGUUUAUAUUGGAAACCACAAGCCCAAGUCUUUAUCCCAAGUUAAAGAUGCAGAUGGCAAUGAAAAUUCAAAUGCACAUGGAUGCGACUUGUUAUGCUGUAGUCCUAUUGUGGACCAAUUGGAGACUAACAAUGGCUAUAUUUGUCAGAGAAAUUGUUUUAAUACUGGAUUUGUUUCUUAUAUUCAGACUGAUUCCUUGCCUGAUAAAUCAGUUACAAAUUUCUCUGAGUUUAUUACCAUACUUAAGAUGAUAAGUGACCCUGUAAACUUACACUUUGAUCUGCUGAGCAACAGAAAUAACAACAGUGCUGACGGAACCUCGGAGAUGGAGGACGCCACCUUGGGAGAUGUUGAUCAGAUCAUAACGGAGCACCCUCAGCUAAGUUCAGUGAAGCAGAGACAGGGAAGAAGGUCAAGACCUAAUUCUCCCUCCAAACGAUCCUUGAAAGGAAAGUGCCCCGAGUGUGAGCCCAACAUGCCUGGUGACGCUGAGGACAAACACUUCCUAGACUUUGAGCACCAAGUUCAUCCCAAUGAAAUCAAUGAGUCCAACGAAGUGCAGACUGGCUCCUCCCUUGAACUCAGAACAAGCCUCUUGCCCCCUCGUAAUAAAGAAAUCAAAAUGGGUCAUAAACUUUGGAACACUUGUGCCUGCGAGUCCCCAAGGCCCUACGUCCCUCCAACAUACGCCGAAUGUGCUAUACAGCUCAACCUAGAUGACAUCUGCGGCAGUGAAGCUUCUCAGACAGGAGAGGAGAAGACUUACACUGGACAUGUCCUUGACAUUGAUCAUAUAACUAUGUGCGAAUGCCAGCUGAGAAUGCGAAAAACACAGAAACAUAAUUUUGACAUGCAAGUCCACCCUGAGGACAUCUGCCCGAGCAACAAUGUCCAAACUGGGUCUUCUCUGCUCCUUCUAGAACCUAUUAUCAAAAGAUCAACAGAGGCGGCAAAUACAAGUGAGAAGAUAGGCCAUGCUUUCAAAUUUGACAACUCGGAUUCUGAACAGCCACGAAAGUUUCCAGAAUCUGAGAUUGUUGAAACUUGUGAAGUUGAGAUUCAAGUGGCAGCGACAGAUAUCAAUCCAAGCAUUGAUGCCCAGCCGGGGGAUUCCUUGAUGUUGAUGGAACCAUUUCCCCCAAUUAAGCCAACUUUUAGUGAGGAUGAAUAUCCAGAAGAGGAUGCAACUUGGGGAGAUUUAAGCAUUAAUGAUAUGAUAUCAGAAAACAAGAGUUUAUACGCCUAUUAUAAGAGAUAUGAAGAGCUGACAAAACUGGAGAAGGAUUAUGAAAUCUAUGCCAGGCCCUACACCACUGCUGAUCAGCUUCAACAGAAGUCAAUGACAGAUAGUAAAAUAGAUCCAAGAAACGCAGGGAAUAAGAGAAGUACAGCUUUUUUGAAGCACACACCUAGUCAAGAGUACCGCCAGUAUGCAACAGCUAGUUAUGAAGAGCCAAAGGGCACAAGAGACCAUGAGAAAGGAGAGUUUAGACAUGUUGCAAAAGCAAAAGAAAGCAUCACAGUCACUAAUUACCAAAAGGAAAGUACUUCAGAUCCCCAGGCGCGGGGGCCAUUUCAGGGCAAGUACAAAAACUUUACAUCCUCUGGGAUCAACUUACCCAGCCCAGUUGGCAGCAUCGAGUCACAGGAGGGGGAGAUGAAGGAAGAAGAGGGAGAGAACCAAGGUCACAGGCCUUAUAGGAGGAAGAGGAAACCAAACAGUGGUCCAAGUGUGGAGACGCAAACCUUCAAAUCAAUGCAGCCCAAUCCACCCCCUGACCAGCCAGAUGAAAACCCAUUUUAGAUCAUCUACCAGUUACUAGAGUUUGAACAAUUAGGACAAAUUCUUAAAUAUUUUUUUUUACAGCAGCCGAAGUUAUUUCAAAAUAAAUUGAAAAAAUAAUUUUAUUAUUGUGAUAUAACCUUAAUUACUGAAGGAUGCAAUGCUAGGUAUGUGAAGGCAGUUUUUU